GGCUUCCUUUUUCAGUCUUCGGUGAAAUGCGAGGCGAUGAAGCUGACUUAUCCCGAACAACUACCGAAUAUUACGGUUCCGCUCGAAUUCCUUCAAGGAAACCACAUCAUCGACACCACGAAAAUUUCCAUAUUCUCGUGCUCACAGUUGGCAACGGACUGCUCGUCUUGCAUGUUCGUCUCCUCACUGUGGGCUUGUUCAUGGUGCAGCGGGCGAUGUGCGCACGACUGCCUUCGACCAUCCCAUAACUUCGUCUGUGAUCACCCACAGAUUCUUUCGUUUUCGCCGAGCAGUGGACCUGUGGAAGGUGGCACGGAAGUCACGAUCAUUGGUAGAGAUCUUGGCUCCACAAUGGAUGAUGUAAAGGAACGAGUGUUCGUUGCUGGAAGUCGCUGUCCCGUUGUUCACUAUGAAAUUUCAAGGAAAGUUGUCUGCCGAGUCGAAAAGGGCACUUCUGCUGGACCGCUUCGCAUCACGGUCGGUAGGACAGGAUCUCGAACAGCCGAAUCAACUCUUAUCUAUUCUUUCGUUGAGACGCUUGUCUUUUCCGUGUAUCCGUCAUUCGCACCAGUUUCUGGAGGAACGAAGGUCACCAUAUACGGACAGAACCUUGAUGCCGGUUCAAACGUUGCUGUCGACGUUGGCGGAGUUCCGUGCAAAGAUAUUGUGCGCAACGCCAGUUCAUCGUUCACAUGCAUUGUGUCGCAUGCCACGACUCCAUCGAAACUCUCCCAGAUUGUCGUCUCCAUCGACGACGCAACUAUGAGUGUGCCUGAUCUGUUCGAAUUCCGACCGGAUCCAAUCGUGUCGUCGGUGUAUCCGUUGGUCACCUUCAGGUCCGGUGGACGAAUGGUAACCGUUGAGGGUUCGAAUUUUGACUCAGUGCUGUCGGCGCGGAUGUUCUUUGUGUCGUCCACAACUCCUCCGUUCGAGAUCGUCUCGAAACUCUCCUCGUGUCAAAUCCAGAACGCGACGUUAAUGUUCUGCUUCACUCCUGAACUACUUCCUGAACCUCCCUUUCGAUCUUCAUAUACAAAAAAUUGUAAGAAUUCGCUUCUUUCAGGUAUUCGUAUUCACCAGGGCGAUCAACCACUAAUACUUGACGGGAGUCAUCUAAACGAAGCAGCCGAGCCACAAGAUUAUAAAAUCUUCAUUGGUACCGAGAGGUGUUACGUGACUCUCGUCGAUUCGCGACAACUCGUCUGCAACGGCCCUUCUACUCAGCCCGAGGCCACAGACGACAAAGGAGACGUGAUCGUUGGCGGUCUGCCGUUGGUAUCGGUAACAGUAGGAAGGAUUCGGGUUGAGCUCGGACUAAUCGAGUAUGUGGAUCCGAUUGCUACCCUCCCACUGACUGCACUGUCCUCGCUUCUCGUUUUGCUUGCAUUUCUAUGGAAGAAACGACGUCUGGAACGUGAACGAGACUAUCGUAAGAUCCAAAUGCAGAUGGAACAUCUUGAGAGCAACGUCCGCAAGGAAUGCAAGCAAGCUUUUGCUGAACUGCAAACGACGAUGGAUUGGAUACCACCGCUUUUAGGUACGCAUUUGACGAGUUUUCCCGAUUUCUUGUACCGACUUCUCUGGGAAGACAACGGUUGGCCGCAUUCGCCAUCUCUCUAUGUUUCGACUUUGCCAGUCACUUUAGCUCAAUUCGAUACUCUUCUUAGCAGCAAACAGUUCAUUUUCUCAAUAGUGGAAACAGCCGAGUCGGAGCCGGCGAUGUCGCUCGGCGAAAGAAGCAUGCUGUCUUCCUUGCUGAUCGCCGUGCUGUUACGGAAUUUCCAGUACUGCACGGACGUGGUGUUGUCGUUGCUCAGAGCUCACAUCGCGAAAAGUGCAGGGAAUGGUGACAUUCUAUUCCGAAAAAGUGACAGUGUCGUGGAAAAGAUGGUAUCGAAGUGGUUAACGAUCUGCCUCUACGACGCCAUAUCUCAGGACCAAGUUUAUAAGUACAGUACUCUCUACAAGGCACUGAAAUAUCAAACAGAAAAAGGACCUGUAGAUGCUGUGACUGGCAGUGCUCGCUACACCAUCAACGAAUCCAAGCUUCUCCGCGAGAUUGUAGACGAUGUCACGGUGCCAAGAAUGUUUUCUGGUGGACUCGAUUGUUUGGUGACAAGUUUUGAUGGCAGUGGACCAUUUACUGUGAGGGCAAUCGCAUGCGAUACGAUUUCGCAGUUGAAGCAGAAGAUUCUCGAUCAUAUCUUUAAGCGUACUCCCCACAGCCAGCGUCCAUUAAUUGCAGAACUCUUGUGCCCUUCGCGAGGGCGUCUGCUUUUGUCCGAUUGGUCGGGAUCGCCAUCGAUAAAAACUCCGACGAAGUUAAAUAAUCUCGCGCACUAUGGCAUAUCGAAUCAGUCUCAUAUAAUAAUGGUUCCUAACGAGAAGAAUUCAGCGCACUAUAGAGAUUCUUUAGCGGAUUCUGGCAAGUCCUCAUGGACGUCGCUCGACCGCUGCAGUCCGAUGUACCCACCGAGUAGAUUUUUUCAUCUGACCAGUCCUUCAAGAACUCUCACAAUGGAACGACGAAAGAAAAUCGACGAAAGCAUUCCGAAAUCUAUUCCUGAAGUGUACUUGACUCGUCUACUAACGAGUAAGGGCACUGUACAGAAGUAUAUUGAAGACUUCGUGGAGUCUGUGCUUUCUUCUGAGACCUCCGGACACACGACGAUUCUGAAAAGCGUCUUCGACCUACUGGACGACGAAGCAUCUCGAAAUGGGGUAUCUGACCUUCAACUGAUCCAGCAGUGGAAAUCAAAUUUAUACAUUCUACGGGUUUGGGUUCAUCUUAUCAAGAACCCGAGGAUCCUUCUUGACGUAUCGGAGUCCGUUAGUCAAGACGGAAAUUUGUCUGUUGUUGCUCAGACGCUUAUGGACUGCUUCUCAUUCUCCGAGCAAACCCUGGGAGCUCAUUCUCCUAGCUCUAGACUAUUGUUUGCCAAGGUUUGUCUUCUUCACAAAAAUUUCCAAAACAUUUUUUCGGCAUAUCAGUCUUUUAUCUUCGCUGUCGUUGUUUUUGAUGUUAUUGAUCGAUGGCUGACGUUUCGGCGACUUCGUCUUCCUCAGAGCCUGGACGUACUUUAUGUUAGAAUACUUUUUAUUAUUCGGUGG